AUGGUUGGAGGUGGCUCUGUGGAUAAAGCAGCCAGGUUGGCCAUUGCCUGUGCAGAAGGUGGUGCCAUCCUCCCCUCAGCACAUCCCUCAAGCCUCCCCUUUCCCCAGGUGAACCAGGGGAACAUGCCCGGCAUCCAGAGCACCUUCCUGGCCAUGGACACGGAGGAGGGUGUGGAGGUGGUGUGGAACGAGCUACUCUUCACUGACAAGAAGGCCUUCAAAGCACACGAGGAGAAGAUCAAGACCAUGUUUGAGCAGCUGGUGCUGGUGGAUCACCCCAACAUUGUGAAGCUCCACAAGUACUGGCUGGAUGUGAAGGACUCAAAGGCACGGGUCAUCUUCAUCACGGAGUACGUGUCCUCAGGGAGCCUCAAGCAGUUCCUGAAGAAAACCAAGAAGAACCACAAGGCCAUGAAUGCCCGGGCCUGGAAGCGCUGGUGCACCCAAGGGGGUCUGAGCCAGGCAGGACCCCCAGAACCGUGGGGUCCCUUUUUGGGGUGCCAACCUUGGUGUUACUCGUUCUUCUUGUCCCCUCCUCCCUUCCCAACCCGCGGCUCCGUCCGGCACUGCCCGGCAGUUUGGCACCGGGUGUUUGCCAACGCUCUCCCGGACGAUCUCCGCAGCCCCAUCAGGAUCGAGCGGGAGGAGCUGCGGAACCUUCACUUCUUCCCUCCGGAAUACGGCCAGAAGGCGGACGGGACGGCCGUGGACAUCUUCUCCUUUGGGAUGUGUGCGCUGGAGAUGGCCGUGCUGGAGAUCCAGACCAACGGGGACACGCGGGUGUCAGAGGAGGCCAUCGCCCGGGCCCGCCACUCCCUGGAUGAUCCCAACAUGAGGGAGUUCAUCCUGUCCUGCCUGACCCUGAACCCGGACAAGCGCCCGACCGCCAACAACCUCCUGUUCCACCGGGUGCUCUUCGAGGUGCAUUCCCUGAAGCUGCUGGCAGCCCAUUGCUUCAUCAACCACCAGUAUCUGAUGCCAGAGAACGUGGUGGAGGAGAAGAUCAAGGAGCUGGACCUGAACAUGGUGAUGGCCGAGAUCCGCAGGGAGGGCCGGCCCGGGGCGCAGUGGAGGUACUCGGAGGUUUCCUUCCUUGAGCUCGACAAGUUCCUGGAGGCAGACUCUCUCCUGUCUCCACAGCUCACGCUCCUGCUCAUCCUGGAGGACAAACUGCACCGCCAGCUCAGCUAUGACCUGCUGCCCACACAGGGAGCUGUUGGCAUGUCUGGAUUUCAGGAUGACUGUGAAAAGCUGGCCACGUUCCUGGAGAGCGCCUUCCACAAGCACCGCUCCCAAGCCCUGUGAGCUGGGGACCCGUUCCCAGGGGAUCAAGGUGCCGGACUGGAGGAUCCCAAAGGGCUCCUGACCCACCAAACUGCAGCAGGACUCAGCUGGCCGGGCCUCGGGCCCACGGGGAUUUGCCCAAUCCGUGCUCUGGGAAGGCAAGAGCUGAUGGAGGACUCUGCAAACACCAGGAGUUGUGUCCCGGGACGUUGGGACUCGAGCUCUGGUCCCUGCUCCCAGUGGGAGGUGUGGGGGAGUGGGCAGCAGCCCCUUCCCAGUGGGGUUUGUGGAGCUGCUGCAGGAGCCCCAACAGGAUCCGUUUCCCUCUGGGAACCAUCGGCUUUGCUCGCUGCGGGUCCCAAAGCUAUUUUUUCCUCUUUGCCAUCUGGAAUGGUCCUUGCUGAGGGGAGGGGAGGGGAGGAGCAGGCUUGGAGAGCCCCGCUGUAGCUUCCCAUCUGCCACAUUCCACCCUCCAUCCUGAAUUUCUCCAGGUUUAAGGUCUCCACUGUGCUGCCUGUGCUCAGCAUCCUCACGAUGAGCUGGGACUGUGUGAGCUGGACACGAUGUGUCUUGGGAAGGAAUUCCAGAAAUCAUGGCCCACCACCUGGAUCCACACAUGGAUCAGCAGGAAUCUCA